AUGAUUUCAUUACAAAACCGACAUGCUGGUUGUAUACAAUUCCAGAUACUACAAAGUUUUUAUCUUAUACAAUUCCUGAGUAACCUUGGGGAAGUAACACAUAUAGGCAACUGGAGAUGUCAGACGAUGUUAAACUUUCUACCGAGCUUAACAAAAUCGUUUUGUCGGAAAAAUGUCAUAGUGAAAAGAAAUCCAAUUGAACCUCUAUUCACAGAUACGCAAAAUGGAAUCACUUUUCGGCAGUAUAUUGGCGAAUCAGAUCUAAACAGUAUUAUCCAUCUCAUUGCUAACGAUCUCUCCGAACCUUAUUCCAUAUAUACUUAUCGAUAUUUUAUAUACAACUGGCCCAAACUGUGUUUAUUGGCUGUUAGUGAAGACGGAACUUGUGUGGGCACUAUUGUUUGUAAAAUGGAAAGUAUUAUAGAAACUGUUCGAGAAGGAUAUAUAGCUAUGCUUGCUGUUGAAAAAAAUCACCGUAGAAUUGGCAUUGGAUCACGAUUGGCUCAACUUGCAAUCGAACUUAUGAUUCAAGAUAGGUGUGAUGAAAUCUCUUUAGAAGCAGAAGUUGACAACAAAGCAGCCCUUUCACUUUAUGAGCAGCUGGGAUUCUACAGAGAUGAAAGGCUUCUUCGUUAUUAUUUAAAUGGAAGAGAUGCUUUUCGGCUAAAAUUGUGGCUUACGCCACGUAUGACCAAUGGUCUUUUAUAG